AUGUACUGCAUCCGCGCCUUCUUGCCGCUGUUGCUGCUCCCAUUCCCAAGCACAGCUCCCUACUUUGUCAUCCUCUACUACAUCUCCCUCUACCGCCACCACAGGCCAUGCGUGUAUUGCGUGUUCACAGUGAUCCUGCUCUUUUCAACAACAUGCUACUGGGGCGCAGACCGGUGCUGGCUCGACCUUAACAACUUCCACAUCUUUGACCCCAUACGACACAUGGACGGAUCCCCCACCUCAACCUUCGGACUCCAGCUACCCACGAUCCUCACAUCGGUCGAGGAUUACCUCGAAUCCUUCCUUCGUAUCUUGGGUGGAGGAGAGCCAUUGGCGACGGUCAUCAAGGCAGGAACGAAUUACUCGGUACUCGCUCCCAAAGCUGCUGCCACUGCUAUCUCUGUUGCCACGUCGGCAUCAACGACUGCUACUGCUAUCGCCGGAGGAGGGAUAGAUUCUGCAACUGAUGCAGUCGCCGCUGUCCUCUUGGCCGCUGCAGCUCCUUAA